UUGAUCGUGGGGGUUUGAGGGGAAGCUGGUGUUCAGGGUUGUGGCUACAGGGAGCGUUAGGGAGUUUCUGAACACCCUUGGUUUGGGGUAGCAAAGAGCAACGGAAAGAGGGCCUUCCCAACCUUUUCCCGCCAGCCCAAGCCAAGACUGGGGCGUGGCUCGUCAGCGCUUUGGUGGGAGGGCUCCUCCUCCCUCCCUGGGGAGCAGGAAAUAUCCUCCUCCCCAGCGCACUCUAAACUGGUAGUCGGGUGAGCUGCCAGGGCUGGAGUAUUGUGGAAAAAGCUUCAAUUGCUUUUAACCUUUCAUUUUUCAGGCUGCACCCAGAGAGGCUGCCCUUGGUCGCUGGGAGCCUUUGCACCGGACCUUCUCUCCCUGUCGUCUUCCAGAGACAACCUGCGGUCUGGCAGGAGCUCUGCGAUGCUGUAUGCCCAGCCUGUCUCCUAGAGGUGUCUCCAAGAGCAGGGUAGAGAGCUGGGGGAGGUGCCCAGCCAGGGCCUCAGUCCCAGAGCAGUAGGAGAGGGAGGGGAGCACAGCCGUGGACUUCUUGGUACCCACAGAUGGCCCACUCCAGCCUCCACCCAUCCAUCCCGCAGCCCAGGGGUCACGGGGCCCAGAAGGCAGCCUUGGUCCUGCUGGGUGCCUGCUUGGUGGCCCUUUGGGGAGUGGGGGAGCCGCCAGACCACACGCUCCGAUGGCUGGUGCUCCACCUAGCCUCCCUGCAGUUGGGACUGCUAUUGAAGGGGGCCUGCAGUCUGGCCGAGGAGCUGUGCCACAUCAAUUCCAGGUACCAGGGCAGCUACUGGAGGGCUGUGCGGGCCUGCCUGGGCUGCCCCAUCCGCUGUGGGGCCCUGCUGCUACUGUCCUGCUAUUUCUACUGCUUCCUCCCAAAAACGAAUGGCCUGCCCUUCACUUGGAUCCUUGCCCUCCUGGGCCUCUCACAGGCACUGAACAUCCUCCUGGGCCUCCAGGGCCUGGCCCCAGCUGAGUUCUCUGCAGUCUGUGAAAAAAGGAACUUCAAUGUCGCCCAUGGGCUGGCAUGGUCUUAUUAUAUUGGGUACCUGCGGCUGAUCCUACCAGGGCUCCGGGCCCGGAUCCGAAUUUACAAUGAGCUCCACAACAACAUACUAUGCAGUGCAGGGAGCCAUCGGCUGCACAUCCUCUUCCCAUUGGAUUGUGGGGUGCCUGACGACCUGAGUGUGGUUGACCCCAACAUUUGCUUCCUGCAUGAGCUGCCCCAGCAAAGCGCUGACCGUGCUGGCAUCAAAGGCCGAGUUUAUACCAAUAGCGUCUAUCAGCUUCUGGAGAACGGGCAGCCGGCAGGCAUCUGUGUCCUGGAGUAUGCCACCCCCUUGCAGACCCUGUUUGCCAUGUCACAGGAUGGCCGAGCUGGCUUUAGCAGAGAGGAUCGGAUUGAGCAGGCCAAACUCUUCUGCCAGACACUUGGAGACAUCCUGGCAGAUGCCCCUGAGUCUCAGAACAACUGUCGCCUCAUUGUCUACCAGGAAUCUGCAGAGGGAAGCAGCUUCUCCCUGUCACAGGAGAUUCUCCGGCACCUGCGGCAGGAGGAAAAGGAAGUUACUGUGGGCAGUACGGGGACCUUGGUGGUGCCCAGUUCCUCCAUGCUGUCCCGAGACCCUGAGCUCCUCAUCAGUGGCACAGAACAGCCUCUCCCACUCCGCUCGGAUAUCUUCUGAGGCCCACGGCCACCUUGCCUGAGCCCCCAGCCAUCCCCAAGACUCCAGAUUGAGGGCUUUCUUCAGCAGCUGGAUUCCCAGCAGAGCCGUUUUGUCUCACAGGAGACCUCUCAGAGAAGGUCCCUGGACUUAACAUCUCAAGAUGAGUCCCAUAACUUUGGGCAAGUUGUUUCACCUCUCUGAGCCUCAGUGUCCUCAUCUAUGAAAUGGGAUUAUAAUCAUUGCCCUACCUACCUUGCAGGGUUGUUGUGAGAACUAUGACUAUAUGGAAGUUCUUUGUAAACUCUAAAUGCCAAGUAAACUUAAGGGAUGUGCCAGGUGUCUUCCACUGGA